ACAUUUUUUUCAAAGACCGAAGGUGACGCUCCAAAACGAGUGGUAAAUAAUGAAAAGUUAGACAACUUUCAAUUUCAUGAGUCCUUUUUGGUCGUCUGUCAUGCUAUGUUUACAGUUCUUUAGCUAAUGCUAGCGAAGGUUGCCUUUUUAAAGAAUGACAAGCUUCGCAAAUGACAGAAAAACAGUCAAAAAUCGAAGUGAGUGCUCUGACAGAGCAUGAGCUUCAACAGUUAUACAAGGCUUUGUUGAUCGCCUCGUGCCGGUUAGAUCCCCGAGACCCAAUACAGUUCUUGAAAAACACCCUGAUCACCUUCCAGGGACAUGACAAUCUGCAGAAUGUGGACUGGAACAAGUUUCUUAGUGAUUGUGCGCAGCGGUCAGUGCUUGCCUCUCUGGAACUGGAUGACACAGAAUAUAUGGACUCCGAUGAACUCAAGGCUAUUUUCCGCAAAUACGAGAAUGCCUACUCUUGUUACAGGAGCAAAUUGACAAGUUCGUGUUUUAGGAGCUGGAAGAAUUUCACAAUUGCCAGCGUGACAGAUGCCACCGAACUGUCUCAAAAGAUGGAAAUUGCAAUCAUGCAUUACGACAGGCGAAAACAGGAGGUGCCUUUCCUUGCAUGGAUGUACUGGGUCAAGUUCAAGAAGGAGUCACGAGUUGAGGCGGUGCGCAAGUUGGUGGGAGUUCUGAAGGCCUGCAUCCUCAAACGCAUCAUAACCGCAUGGAAGAAUGUUGUGAAGGAGUCGCAGAGGACCAAAGAUUACUUUAAGAGGCUGCAGAAUGAACUGGAGAUGGAGCGCCAGCAAAGCCAGAUUGGGGAGGGAUGUGACUGGCUCUCAGCCUUGCCCAACCACAUCUCACUUAAGAUCUUCGAAUAUAUGGAACUACGAGACUUGCUGAGCUGUUCGGAAGUGUGCUGCAGUUGGAGAAGUCUCAUCCAUUCGGGCACUUUGUGGAGUAAGAUCAAUGUCUCAGUGGAUAAGCGCUGGAUAACAAACGAGAUUAUGAAGGAUGUCUUGCUGAAUUUCCGUCCAUUUGUGAUCCACCUGAAUCUGCGCGGCUGCACCUCCUUAGAAUGGUCCAGUUUGAAACAUAUUGGCGAAUGCAGAAAUCUCCAAGAGCUCAACGUGUCCGAGUGUUUUAAUAUCACGGAUGCCAUGAUCGAGUCAAUCGUGGGGGGCUGUAACUCCUUGCUCUACCUGAACCUUUCCAGCACCCUCUUGACAGACGCCACCCUCAGAGAGCUGGCCAGCCACUGCAUCAACCUCCAGUACCUGAGCUUGGCCUACUGCCACAAAAUGACAGAUGAAGGAUUUCAGUACCUGAGCUUGGGAAGAGGGUGCCACAAUCUCCUACACCUAGACCUGUCCGGCUGUUCCCAGGUGACGGCGACGGGCUUCGGUUACAUCUCGGACGCGUGCCCUUAUCUCAGGGAGGUUUUGCUCAACGACGUGUACGGCCUGUCAGACAACUGCAUCUCUGCCCUGAUGGCUAAAUGCCACUGUUUGUCCUCCAUCUCUCUACUGGAGGCAUGGAAACUCUCCGACACUGGCAUCAAAGCCAUCGCCGAAGUCGCCAAAUUGAAGAGUUUCAGCUUGGAGUGUAACAACCACGUGAGCCACCUGAGCUGGAAGGCGCUGUGCUGCGGCUCGCGAGGCCUCCGCAGGCUGCACAUCGUCCACUGCCACAAGAUGGGCGACACCGCCCUCAAGUCGGUGGCCACCCUCCGGAACUUGCACUACCUGGACAUCUCGCUUUGUAGCAAGUGCGUGUGUCGCCCCGUGUGUCCUGUACUGUAUAUUGGGGGUUCUCAAAUGUUUUGGGUCCAGGAAGAGGUAUGUGCCUCUAAGCCAUUUAUGGCAAAUUAUUUUGUGGACCUCCGAGUUCAGGCUCACGGGACCACACAAGUUCACUGCGGUUCUCAUUCCAGAGUGACGGAUAAGGGGCUCUUCACCCUGGCCGAGAGCCCCUCGGCCAACAAACUGCGAGAGCUCAAUGUGAGUUACUGCUGUCAGAUCACUGACGCGGCCAUCAGCGUCAUUGGUCACAGGUUUACCAGGCUGUCCCAUCUGAACCUGAGCUACUGCGAGCAGCUUACCGACGCCGCUCUGGAGUGUCUGAUGGGCAGCUCCAUCACCUCUCUGGACAUCAGCGGCUGCAACAUUCAAGACGAUGGCCUGGCUGCGCUCGAGGAGGUUCCCUUGAAAAAGUUGAUUCUUGGCGAAUGCAUCAACAUCACUGAUGUUGGUAUGGAGAAUUUGUGCAAGUAUGUGACCGAUCUGGAGUACGUGGACGUGUCAGGCUGUUCAGAACUGUCCGACCAGGCCAUCAAAGCUUUUUCAUUUUACUGCAGAGGUCUAUUCACGCUGCGGAUGGCAGGCUGUCCAAAGAUGACCGACAUGGCAAUGCAGUGCCUUUCACACGGAGCAGCCCAGUACCUGCGAGAGCUGGACGUAAGCGGAUGCACACUCACUGAUCGCGCCAUCAGAUACAUCGAGAGGCUCUGCCCGCCGCUCUCGUCGAUCACAAUGCACGGCUGCAACCGCAUCUCAGAGGAGGCCGCCAUGAGGCUGCAGCCAUAUGUGCAGCACUGGGAGUACAGCAACGAACAAACCAAAUUGUGGCUUCGAUAAAGCAAUCUGCACAGAGGAUGUCAUCUGGGCAUUGACAGUCGCACCAGUUGAAGCUUCAAUGGAACUCAGUAACGCGCAGACCUCCGCCAAGGACCAAGUAUUCAAAAUUUGUCUCUCCGUAGAUAUCCACCUCCUCCAUAGACAAGAAUUUUGUCAUUUCAGCCGCCUUGAAUGGAUGAAAGCAUUGCCGUCCAAUGAAGAAUGUUAAAAAAAUUUUGGGGCAUUGCCAUUGUACGAAGGAUAAAAUGUUGGAUGAAGGGAUUAGAUCAAGUGUGAUACCCAAACAAGGUCUUGAAGCCACAACCCUGAGGUUAAAAGUCUCAUGCUCUACUAACUGACCGAGCCAGGUUACUGAAUGCUUUUUUCAUUAAAUAGUGAUGGAGUAAAUGAAUUUUCAAGGGAUGAAGUAAAUCAUUACACCCAACAUUGGGCUCAAACCCAUGACCCUGAGAUUAAGAGUCUCAUGCUCGACCAAAUGUUUUGAAAUUUAACUUUUCAUUGGAUAGUUAUGGAGAGAAUAAAACAAUCAGAUCCCGCACAGAAUUAAUCAUUACACCCAAAAUGGAGCUUUAACCCACGACCCCGAGAUUAAGAGUCAUGCUCGACAAACUGUUUUGCAAUUUUUCAUUCGAUAUUUAUGGAGAGAAUAAAACAAUCAUAUCGCUCACAGCAUUAAAUCAUUACACCCAAUGUGGGGUUCGGACCCACGACCCUGAGAUUAAGAGUCGCAUGCUCUACCAACUGUUUGAAACUUAAUUUUUCAUGGGAUAGUUAUGGAGAGAAUGAAACAAUCAGAUCCCACACGGGAUUAAAUAAAUUGUUACACCCAACGUGGUGCUUGAACCCACGACCCUGAGAUGAAGAGUCUCAUGCUCUACCAACAGUUUUGCAACUUUUCGUUCGGUAUUUAUGGAGAGAAUGAAACAAUCAUAUCGCGCAGGGGAUGAAAUCAUGCCCAAUGUGGCGUUCGGACCCACGACCCCGAAGUUAAGCGUCUCAUGCUCUACGCACGGCAUUAAAUCAGUACACCAAACGUCAGGUUCGAAUCCACGACACUGAGAUUAAGAGUCUCAUGUUCUUCCAAAUAACUUUUCAUUGGAUAGUUAUGGAGAGUGAAACAAUCAGAUUCUGCACGGAAUUAAAUAAAGUAUUACGCCCAACGUGUGGCUUGAACCCACGACCCUGAGAUUAAGAGUUUUAUGCUCUACCGACUGAACGAGCUGGGCUACAUGCUGCUUUACAAUUUAACUUUUCAUCCAUCCAUCCACCCAUCCAUCCAUCCAUCCAUCCAUCCAUUUUCUG